ACUUACUAAAGAAAUUGAUUCACAUGUCUAAAAGCUCUAACAGACUGCAUACGUGCUUGCAGAGACGUGAAUAAAUGAAAAUCUAUAAUAUAUAUGUCAAACGAGGGAACCGAUGGAAUUAAUGUUGACAAUACUUUUGAUUCUGUGUGUGAUCUUUCUUUUCCUUUUUCUUCUUAGAGAGAAUAUCUUUUAAUUGACUGUAUUUUGGGGGAAAUAAUAUUAAAAACUUUCAACUUGGUAACUUAGAAAAUCAUACUAUUGUUUAGUUUCUACAAAAACCACGAUUUUUUACCAUAUUCAAUAAUUUUAAGUAUUUAAUUUGAAUGAUAUUUAUUUCAAUGUUAAUUAACGUUUAUCAUUAAAAUUUACAUAAAAAGCCAAAUAUUUUCAAAUGUUCUUUAUACCCCUUUAGACUUCAAACACUUUACUUCUUUGGAACCAUCAAGUCAACAAACAAUAAAUACAUUCAACACAAAAUCAAGUGAAAUAUUAAAGAAAAAGAAAAUUUAAGUAAAUCCCGACCUAUAAAUAACGUCUUGUGAAAACAAUGUGAAGAAAACACACGCAAACAUGUCAGUUUCACCAUCACCUCAUCAUGUGGUUCUCUUCCCUUACAUGUCAAAGGGUCACACCAUCCCUCUCCUCCAAUUCGCCCGUCUCCUCCUCCGUCACCGUUGUGCCACCUCCUCCUCCAACGACGGCGAAGAGCCAUCCAUGUCCAUCACCAUCUUCACCACCCCACAAAACAAACCUUUCAUCUCAAACUUCCUCUCCGACGUCACAUCAUCCAUCAAAAUAAUCUCCCUCCCUUUCCCGGAAAACAUCGCCGGAAUCCCUCCCGGAGUCGAAAGCACCGACAAGCUCCCUUCCAUGUCGCUCUACGUGCCUUUCACGCGUGCAACCAAAUCUCUCCAGCCUCUCUUCGAAGAAACGCUCAAGAAUCUUCCGCAAGUCACGUUCAUGGUCUCCGAUGGAUUCCUGUGGUGGACACUGGACUCCGCCGCUAAGUUCGAGAUCCCGAGACUCGCCUUCUUCGGCAUGAACUCGUACUCGUCGGCUCUCUACAACUCCGUCUCCGUACACCAACUCUUUACCAAACCGGGAAAUAUUAAAUCCGAUACCGAACCGGUUACCGUACCGGAUUUUCCAUGGAUCCGGGUUAAGAAGUGCGACUUUGUCCCGGUUUGCACUGAACCGGAUCAGUCAGGUCCAGAGUUCGAUUUACUCAUGGACCAAUUAAUGUCUACUGGGAAGAGCCGUGGAGUUAUAGUGAACAGCUUUUACGAGCUCGAGUCACCGUUCGUUGACUACCGGCUUGGUGUUAGGGGUGAGCCCAAGCCGUGGUGCGUUGGGCCUUUGUGCUUGGUAAAUCCUCUUAAACCGGAAAGUGAUAAACCGGGUUGGAUUGAAUGGUUGGACCGGAAACGAGAAGAAAGAUGUCCGGUUUUGUACGUGGCCUUUGGAACGCAGGCUGAGAUAUCGAACGAGCAGCUCAAAGAAAUAGCCUUAGGCUUGGAAGAUUCCAAGGCAAACUUCUUGUGGGUCACGAGAAUGGACGUGGGAGAAGUAGGGUUCGAGAAGAGAGUGAGAGAGCAUGGUAUGAUUGUUAGAGAUUGGGUGGACCAAUGGGAGAUACUGUCCCAUGAAAGUGUGAAAGGUUUUUUAAGCCAUUGCGGAUGGAACUCGGCGCAAGAGAGUAUAUGCGCCGGGAUUCCGAUACUCGCUUGGCCAAUGAUGGCCGAGCAGCCACUCAAUGCCAAGUUGGUCGUGGAGGAGUUAAAGGUCGGAGUAAGAAUCGAAACAGAAAAUGGAACUCCCGAAGGGUUCGUGUCAAGAGAAGAAGUCAGUCAAAAGGUUAAAAAGUUGAUGGAAGGAGAGAUGGGGAAGACUACGAGAAAGAAUGUGAAAGAGUAUGCAGAAAUGGCUAGAGAAGCUUUGGCUCAAGGGACAGGUUCGUCAUGGAAGAAUUUGAGUUUGCUUCUUGAAGAGUUAUGUAAGAUUAGAGAAACAAAUGAUGUUAAUAAGCUGUCAAGCCAUGAUUAGAGAGCAGUGUACUCUUGGUUGUUGUUCAAUCUGACUAAGGUCAUAACCUUACUGUUCUUCUGAAUAAAAUAAAAAAUAAAAAAGUUUGUAUGUGUUAUAAAUA